GUGCGCGCUCGCGGUGUCCCAUAAGAAGCGUGCGCGCUCCCCGCACUCCCUCUUUCCUUUCCUCCAUUUUGUGAGACGCGGAGUGCCCGGUGAGAGUUAUGGGGGAUGUUAAAUGGUGUCAGAGUAGGGUUACCGAGGCUCCCAGUGUCUGUAGCUGGCAGCCUGGAGCUGGCUAGUGAUAAGUGGCCAGUACAUGCCCCAUUGGGUAGCCCUGUGCCCAGGCUGGUGAAUGGCAGCCGCUGGCUGUGUGGGGUUGUAGUCUCAUGGCUCCCAGACCUGGCCAGGCAGUAUUUAUCACUGUGUGUCCUGUCUGGGAACAAUAAAGCUUUUACAACACGAGGUUACAGACCAUACUUACUGCAAAUUAAACCUUAGAGUGGGAUCUUACACUGUCACGUGUUGGGAUGGGUAGAGUCACAGCCCGUGCUGUAUUCCCAGCUAGCUACUAAAAUAGACACUUUUUUUUUUUUUUUUUUAAUGGUUAAAUUGUGUAAUAGGAUUUCCCCCACAAAUAAAGGAUUGCAUGCAGUUACUGUUUUGCUAGAUGCCACCAUCCCUCCUACUGUAAGACAUACUAGUUUUUAGGACUUUUUAUAUUGCUGUUACAACUUUUGAACAGUUGUGAAAGUAGUGGGGGGGGGUGUAUUUUUUUUCCUAGUCUGGAUUAUUUUGGUUCUAAUGUAUAGAUAGUAUACUGUAGAUAUUAAAAAAAAUAAACUACUUCAAUAAAGAAAAUAGUUGGGACCAAAACCACCUGGGCUCGUAUUUGUCAUGGUGGAAGAAUUUUCUGCAUCUUUUUUAGUAGUUUAGUUUAAUUACAACUGGGGGAAAACCUUCCUACUUAAUGAAGUCAUGGAGGAUAACAAUGCCACGUGACCCACUAGUACAAAAUAUCCCAUAAUUGUAUUGGAGCCUUGCUGGUUAUAGGAAUUAUAGAAUAGAUUUACUUUUUGAUAAUAUCUUGGUUCCUAGAUACUGUUGAUAGGGUUUGAAGCAAACAUGCAAUAAUGAAGCCUAGCUCAUCGCUAAUAUACAUUGUUUGCUACGGAAACAACUGUAGUAAGGGAGUGUCAAAGUAGAUGACAAGCGGAGUGAUAAAAAUAUGUACAAAGGUCUUCUGAAACCUAAUUCUGAACAUAUCUUAAAGCUUUGACGUCUUUUCGGUACUGGGUUUAUAUACAUUAAAAGGUAGGACAAUGCGUGUAUGAUUUCUGGUUUUGAUUACUGCUUUACAUUUUCUUUAUUUUGUCUUUCAGUAGCUGACAAUGCAGCUGUUUGUUAGAGCUCAGAAUUUGCACACCCUUGAGGUGUCUGGGCAGGAGACUGUAUCACAAAUCAAGGUAAGCUUGCCUAUUAAUAGCAAAUGUACCUGAAUACAUUUUGCCUAGUGGCUCAAAAUGAUGAACCAUGUCUAUCGAAUCGCUUUUAGAAUCUGUAUGCUUAUUUUUCCUCAGUUACACGUCUCUUCCUUGGAGGGAAUUCCUUCUGAUGAUCAGGUUAUCCUUCUUGCUGGCACACCUUUGGACGAUGAAGCAACUCUAUUGCAGAGCGGUGUAUGUGAACUGAGCACCCUUGACGUUGUUGCAAGACUUCUGGGAGGUCUGUAUGAUUUUGGUUUGGUUUCUCCAAACUGUUUAAUGUUGUACUUUUAUUUUAGUGUGAACACAUUUUAAUAAAAUGGUUAUAAUGUAAUUCCACCUAGAAAAUGUGUGUAAGUAAUCCCAUGCAUAAUCAAUAAAAUGUGGAUACUGUGAUUGCUUGCUCAGCCAACCUAGUCAUCCGUUGCAAUCUCACAGUUCUUAGCUUGCCCCUUUUAAAUUAAUACGUAGCUCUCGAAGAGAGCAAAUUCAGAAUAACUUUUCAGCUAUUUGAAAGUAGUUGGCUAGCACAAAUUAUAGAUUGCAUUUGUGCUAUUUAAAGAGGCAUCACAUGUUUAGAACAAGUGAACUUAAAUAAAAAUGAAUACCAUACCUAUGAAUUACACAUGGUAAAUAUUAAGUGUUUAAGAGAUGACUAAACAUGUUAACUUUCAUUCCCUUCAGGUAAAGUACACGGCUCUCUGGCUCGUGCCGGAAAAGUACGAGGGCAGACCACCAAGGUAUAGUUUUGUUCAACCACCUACUAUCUUUCUUGCAUGAAUUAGGUGCGUGUACUGACAUACUGAAACAUUUGCGGAGGCAGUGGAGUCUGGCAGUAGGCAGGCUAUUCCAUAGGAAAGGAGCCGCCCGCAAGAGGUCCUGCAAGCGCGCGUUGGCUGUACGGGUGCGAGCAGCGGUCAGGAGGUGGUCACGGGCAGAGCGGAGGGAACGAGGAGGGGCAUACCUAUGGAUCAGUGAAGAGAUAUGAGGGGCUAGAAUUGUUCAGUGCUUUAAAUGUAUGGGUUAGCACUCUCAAUUGACUCCUAUAGGAUACAGGGAGCCAAUGUAGGGACUGACAGAGGGGUGAGGUGAGAGAACCGACUAGAGGAAAAUCAGUCUAGCUGCAGCAUUCAUUAGACUGUAGUGGAAAUUACUAGAGCAUGGACAAGCUCCUUGGUAGCAUCUUGCGUAAGAAAUGGGCGGAUGCAGGCUAUGUUUUUAAGUUGGAACCUACAGGAUUUGGCAACAAACUGGAUGUGAGGCUCAAAGGUGAGGCCAGAGUCAAGUAUGAUGCCAAGACAGCGUGCUUGCAAGGAUGGACUUAUGUGGAUAUCACUGACUUGAAGUGAGCGAGAGAGGAGGAUCAGUAUUAAGAGGAGGAAAGACAAGGAGUUCAGUUUUAGAGAGAUUGAGUUUCAGAAAGUGAGGACAUCCAGUCAGAGAUGAAGAAAGGCAAGCAGUGACACGUUGCAGGAUGGCAGGGGAGAGGUAUAUCUGAGUGUCAUCAGCGUACAGGUGGUAGUGGAAUCCAAAAGAGGCAAUAAGUUUGCCAAGAGAGGCAGUAUAAAGAGAAAAUAGAAGGGGACCAAGAACAGAUCCUUGGGGGACUCCAACCGAGACAGGACGAGGGGAGGAGGUAUCCUUGGAAAAGGAGACACUGAAGGAACGUUGGGAGAGAUAGGAGGAAAUGUUCUGUUCACUUUAAAAAUGUACCACAAGGGCUGGGAACAAUAACACUCUGCCUCUGUGGCUACUAAUGAGGCACUAAUAAUGUUUAAUGAGAUGUGCAUGUUUACUUCAUUAUAAUGGAAUAAGAUGUAAAUGCUGCAGAGAAGAUGUGAUCCCACCAUAGAUACAAACCCAGUAACUUAAACUAGUUCACUGGUAUUCUAACUAUUCCUAUUCCGAUACAGGUUGCCAAACAAGAGAAGAAGAAAAAGAAGACCGGUCGUGCAAAGAGGCGCAUGCAGUAUAACAGGCGCUUCGUGAAUGUGGUACCCACCUUCGGCAAAAAGAAGGGACCAAAUGCCAACUCCUAAAAAUGCAGAGCAAGAACUAAUAAACCAUUGCUAAACUUGAAAAAUUGUCUUAAAUGUUUUGGUGUUUUUUUUUUUUGUUCCUAGUAGUAAAGUAUUCUGAUAAGAUGCUUUAUUAGUGUUUAAACCUUG